CGAGCCAGUCGCAGGGUGGGAGGUGGCCUAGACGGAGGGGGAGGCGCCGCUCGCUGGGAGGAGACUUGUGCGCACCCCCCCCCCCCCGGAUCCCCUUUCUCGCCGGGCUCUGGGGGACCAUGGGCGGCUGAGGGGAGCCGAGCCCCGGGCGGCCGAGCCGGCGGCCAUGGCUGAGGAUUACUGGGACCCGCAGCAGCAGCGCUGAGCCCCCUGCAGCGGCAGCCAGGCGGCCCCACCAUGGAUCGGAUGAAGAAGAUCAAGAGGCAGCUCUCAAUGACCUUGCGGGGGAGCCGGACGGCCGAGAAGAACCUCAAUGAGCAGAUCAACAUCGAGGAGAACAACAGCAGUGACACCGGCCUGGCGGGGAAGAGCGGGCGUCCCUGGGGCGCCUCGCGCAGCGUCUAUUCCUUCCUGCAGCGCCGGCCGCGCCCGGGCGUGACCCGCAGCCUGAGCGCCCACCUCGCCCGUGCCAGCCGACUAGAGAUGGUGCAGGAGGACGUGAAGAUGGGCUCCGACGGGGAGAGCGACCAGGCGUCCGGCACCUCGUCCGACGAGGUCCAGUCCCCCGUGCGGGUCCGCAUGCGCCACAGCUCGGCCCGCAAGAUCUCCUCUGAGGACAUUAACAAGCGGCUCUCGCUGCCGGCCGACAUCCGCCUGCCCGAGGGCUGCCUGGAGAAGCUGGCACUGAACAGCCCCUUGUUCGACCAGCCCCUCAGCCGGCGGCUGCGCCGUGUCUCGCUGUCGGAGAUCGGCUUCGGGAAGCUGGAAACCUACGUGAAGCUGGACAAGCUGGGAGAGGGGACGUACGCCACUGUCUACAAGGGCAAGAGCAAACUGACCGACAACCUGGUGGCGCUGAAGGAAAUCCGCCUGGAGCACGAGGAGGGGGCGCCCUGCACGGCAAUCCGCGAAGUGUCCCUGCUGAAGGACCUGAAACAUGCCAACAUUGUCACCCUGCACGACAUCAUCCACACGGAGAAGUCGCUGACCCUGGUCUUCGAGUACCUGGACAAGGACCUGAAGCAGUACCUGGACGACUGCGGCAACCUCAUCAACAUGCACAAUGUCAAGCUCUUCCUCUUCCAGCUACUGCGGGGCCUGGCGUACUGCCACCGCCAGAAGGUGCUGCACCGCGACCUCAAACCCCAGAACCUGCUCAUCAACGAGCGGGGCGAGCUCAAGCUGGCCGACUUCGGUCUGGCACGGGCCAAGUCCAUCCCCACCAAGACGUACUCCAACGAAGUGGUGACGCUCUGGUACCGGCCCCCCGACAUCCUGCUGGGCUCCACCGAGUACUCCACGCAGAUCGACAUGUGGGGCGUGGGCUGCAUAUUCUACGAGAUGUCCACGGGCCGCCCGCUCUUCCCCGGCUCCACCGUGGAGGAGCAACUGCACUUCAUCUUCCGCAUCCUUGGGACCCCCAAUGAGGAGACGUGGCCGGGAAUCCUGUCCAACGAGGAGUUCCGAUCCUACAACUACCCCAAGUACCGGCCCGAGGCCCUGCUCAAUCAUGCGCCCAGGCUGGACAGUGAUGGAGCCGACCUGCUGGGCAAACUGCUGCAGUUCGAGGGGCGGAAGCGGAUGUCAGCGGCCGAGGCCAUGGGGCAUCUCUUCUUCCACUGCCUGGGCGAGCGCGUCACCAAGCUCCCGGACACCACGUCCAUAUUUGCACUAAAGGAGAUUCAGCUACAGAAGGAGACGGGGCUGCGCUCAGCUUCCCUGCCUGACUCAGGGGGUGCCGCCUUCCGGGUAGUGGACACUGAAUUUUAGCCUUCGGGUCAGUGAACGGGCAGAACCGACGGCCCAGCUUAUUGUUGUGACCCUGCCGAGCCACAGUGACGUGGGAGGGGCAGGGGCUGGCCUGACAUAAACCCGCCCCCCCGCCCCCAGCUGGGACUCUGCCCCUUUGGGUUGGACGCCGCCUUCGGGGAUGGGACUCGGGCCGUGCCCUGGGGCUGGAGGGGCCCGAUCCCCUUCUGGGGGGGGUGGCGCCGGCUGGACGGCAGAUGCCCCCCCCAUGUUGUUUAAGUUUUAUUUUUUCAAGGCAAUAUUAUAAAUAUAGAGAAAUAAUCUAUAGCCCCCCCCCCCCCUCGCCGGGAGGGAUGGGCAUGGGGGGGGGCAGCCCCCCGGAGUUAUGUUUCCAUGGAGAUGUUUGAUUCUGCCCCCUCUGUGGGGGAGGGGGCCACAACCCCUUCUGUACCCCCCAGGUUGCCUGGUGGGGGGUUAAUCCAGGGGGUUAUAUUCUGUCACUCGCCCCCACCCUAAAUCCUCCUCUCCUGCCACCCAACACCCGCUGAGCUGUGGGGACAGAAGUCUUCCAGAUAUGGUGGGACUGGGGGGUGGCUGCUGUUGCAGACGUGUGAAUGGGCGGGGGGGUGUACCCCAGAUGUGGUAGGUCCCUUUGCAGCAGUGUAUGUGGGGUGCCCGACAGUCUGCAACCCCUCCGCAUUCGAGUGAUGUGUCCCUGGGGAGUCCCCUUCCCUCCCCAAACCCCAGCAUGUCCCCUUCCUGCAGGGCUUAGCUCCGCCCCCACGUCCUGCUGGGUCGGCAUGUGGGGUGAACACUGGCUGACGCCAGUGAGUUCAGUGGGGCGGCUGCCAGCUCCCCUUCCCCACUUAGUACUCAGGGCUCACGUGGGGCCAGCUGCACCUUUCUCCCAGUCCUUACUUUUGGUACUUGGCCCUUAGUCUGCCCCUACUCCCCUGUUACUCAGCUACUACUCCCAUGUUACUCAGUCCUUAGUCUAGCCCUGUUUCUGUGUUACUCAGCCCUUACUCCUACAGUACUUGGCCCUUACUCUGUCCCUAUUUCCAUGUUACUCAGCCCUUACUCUGACCCUACUUCCAUCUUACUCAGCUCCUACUCUCAAGUUGCUCAGCCCUUACUCUGCCCCACUCAUGUUACUCUACCCCUAUUCUCAUGACACUCUCCUCCAACUCCCAUGUAACUCUUCCCCACUCCCAUGUUACUCAGUCCCUUACUCAGGUCCUACUCACACAAUACUGUGUAUACUCCCAUAUUACUCAGCCCUUACUUUACCCCUACUCAGAUGAUACUUAACCUCAUUCAGUCCUUACACAAAUGUUACUUGGCUCCUACUCACAUCUUGUUCAGCUCUUACUUGGCCCCUACUCAACCCCUAGUCAAAUCUUACACAGUCCCUUGGUGCCUUAUUUGGCUCCUAUUCAAAUGUUACUCAGCUCUCACUCAACCACUCCUGAGAUCUUACUCGGUUCCCUCCUCAGCUGUUACACAAGUAAAAGCUGUAGUCAGCCCCUAGGAUGCUCCUGGCUCAGCCCCUCCUCAGUCACUUCCCAGACUCUCUGCUCAGUCCUUGCUCCCGUCCUUAGUCAAUACUUAGUCCUUAUUCAGGUGUUACUCCACAUCCUCUCACUCCUAACUCAGCCCCUACUCGACUGUUACUCUCUACUCAGUGCUUAUUCCAUGCUCAGGUGUUACUUGGCCUGUUCUGCCUUCCCUCGAACAUUAUUCUGUGGUUACUGAGGUCCACUCACCUGUUACUCCAGUCCCUGUUCAAACCUGACAGUCUUUAUUCAGACAUUACUCCAUCCUUACUUGAGCUUUACUCUGUCCUGAGCUGGUUGCUCACACAUUACUUGGUCCUUACUCCAUAAAUCCAGAAGGGGGUCCGAGUAUCAUGGGGUGAUCUGAAGUAACAGAAAUGAAAUUCACUAGGCCACAGCGAGGGGGAGUAGGAAGAAUUUUGACCUGGGCAUGCAGGCCGCUCCCAGGGUGACGCUGAACCCCCAGGGUACCACAGCCGUGAAAAUGAGGAAUUUCCAUCGCAGACAGAGCCUGGGCCCAGCGCUGGCCACCUGUGUUGUAGACCAUGCAGGCUGAGGUGGGCCCCCCGGUCUCUCCGUAAAUCCAUGGGGAGGACAAGGAGGGGCUGGAGCAGCAGUGAGGGGCAGACACCCUGGCUAGUGGGAUGCUCUUGCUGACUCAGGACAGGAUGCGCCUGAGCUCCCGGGGUAGCAACACUAGCUGCGACUGGAACUACUGGCCCGGGCAGCCCAUCCAGUCCUAGGCGUUUACUCGUAUGAUACACGGCCAGCCCCUACUUGAUCUGGUUUUAGUUUUUACCCAGUCUUCAGUCCAAUGUUACUCUGGCCAGACAUGUUACUCAGUCACUGCUCUGGAUUUACUCCAUCCCUACUCCUGUUACCCUGCCGGUACUCAGCUGUGAGUCCCUACCCAGCCCUUCUCAGUCUUAGCCUAGAUAUUGCUCUGUCUUUACUCAAAUGCUGCUCCGCCCCGAUAAGUCUUAUCUUAGAUGUUACCAGCCCUAAUGCAACUGUUACUUGGUCCUUCCCCAAACAGUACUCCAUCCUUACAGUCCCAAUUUAGUUGUUGUUUAGUCCUUACUCAGAGUAAUCUGACCGUACUAAAAUGUUACUACCACCUUACUCAAACACUACUUGGUCCGUACUGAAACACUACUCCAUUGUUUCUCAAAUGUUACUCAGUCCCUAGACAGUCUUACCCUUAGAUAUUACUUAUUUUUACUCAAAAGUUAUUAAAUCCUUACUCAGACCUGAAUCAAAUGUUACUUGGUCCACACCUAGCCCUUACUUUGGCUUAGUUGAUUUGCUACUCCUUCCUUACUCACAUGUUACUCGGUCCCUUUCCAGCACCUGCUCAGUUGUGGAUACUCAGUCCUUAAUCAAACACUACUCAGCUACUACUCUGUCCUUACUCGUUACUCAGGCAAAUCCCUCCUUGUCCCUGCUCUAGUCCAGCACUGCUCAGGAUUGGAUCCUGCAUCCCCUUCCAGCUCCAUCCUGCAGCCCCCUGCCCCGUACUCCUUGAUGGACCCCGGCCAGGCUGUCCCGCCCAGAGGGCUCUGUGUGCUCCUGGCUCCCCCUAGUGGCUAGGAAGGAUCAACUGCAGUUGGAAGGGCCAAGCCUUUAACUCAGGGGUAAAGGCCGGGGGUUGGAACCCUGCUGUGGGAGUGUCAGUUUAAAGGCGGACCCUAUAUCCCCCAGGCAGUGCGCCCCCUCCAUCUCUCUCUCUCUAUAUUGUGUGUGUGUAUAUAUGUACAUAUCUAGCCUUUUUUAUAUGCAGCAUGUAAUGCUUGUGGGAUGGAAUGUCUUUCCUUGGAAGAGCCAUACCCAUAGUAAUAAAAAUGACAAUACCCCCCCCAGCUGAGCUGCAGCCACCUCUGGGGCGGGGCAGCGGGGAACGGCCUCCCGUAAUGCUGCAUGAGGAAGGCUCGGCCGGCGCUGAGAUGUAGCCAGCUCUCCUCGUGGAUCACAAUGGUCCCCCCCCAUUCCCCUGUUCCCCCCUCUGCCCCCCUGCUCUGACCCAUAAGACUGAAGGUGUCGAAGUGAGAGUCCCUGGGCGGGGUGGUGUCUGUUUUCUCUUUCUCUGCUGGGCACCUGGCAGGACUGGGGCCUGGGGAGUGUCAGCGAGAUGCUGUGGUAGGGGCGGUGCCAGUGGGGUGGGUCAGUGGGUGGGUUUGGUCUGGGAUCCAUUCCUGGCAGGUGGUGGGUUUUACUGGGGGGAACUGGAUCCCUGUGCACAGAAGAGGGAGGGAUCUCAGCUGUGAACCCUGCAUGGAGGAGGAAUCCCACAUCAGAUCCCUUCAUGAGUAGGAGGGUGGGAUCCUGGACUGGAGAUGAGGGGGCAGGGCUAAGACCAGAUCCCUGGUGGGGAGGAGGGAGGGAUCCUAGAGUUGGAUCCCUGCGUGCAGAGGAAGGUGAUCCCAUAAUGGAUCCAUAUAGGUGGAGGAAAGAGGGAUCUUGGAGAGUAGGGGAUCUCAGAGGAUCCCUGGGCAGGGAGGAGGAGGUUGCCAGAGUAGAUCUGUGCAUGGAAAGGGGGACGCUGGACUGGAUUUCCAUGCCUGGGGGGCCCUGCAGUGGUCCAGAGUGGAUUCAGUAGGGACAGAGCCCCCUCCCCUGCCAGCUGUGUCCUCCCCAGCCCUGUAGAUGGAGGUGGAGUCUCUGUGACAGGGGGGUUUGGCUCAGCAGGCAAAGGGUUAACCUGCCUAUACAUAUCAAUGUUUGAGGGGGGAGGGCUGUAUCUGAGCUGCGUGGGAGACGGAGCCUCCCUCGUUUUUUGUCUGGGGUGAGAGACUGUUCUGCACUCAAUGUAUGGAAAUUAUUAAAGUCUCCAUGGAA